UUAACCGGAAGAUCGAAAAAAAAAGAAGCUGAAUACAGAAUGACAUCUCUUUUAAUGAGAACCGGUUCGAUGCCGGUUCAUCAAACCCGGUUUAUUCCAUCGAGGAAGGCGACGACGACGACGAUCUCCCGCCACAACUCCGUCGAAUCGUUAUCCAAAUACGGCGGCGAUAGAUUCUCCGCCGGAAAGAUCUCGAUCGACGGGAUGCGGAGGGUGUUAUCGGAGAGAAUGUCGAAGAGCGUCGCGUCAAAGCCUUCGCCGGCGAAAAUUCCGGAGGAGGACGACGAAAUUAGGUUUGCCGACGGCUGGGGAUCGUUGAUCUGGAAGGAGAGCGGUGUUCCCGCGGAGGAGAAAGGAGUUUCCGGUGGUGGCGGUGGAUCUGGUUACAGCGGCGGGAAGGGAGACGGUUACGGCGAUAGGAGAAAGAUCGGUGAUUACUAUCGAGAGAUGUUGAAGACUAACCCUAACAGCUCGCUUCUUCUGAUGAACUACGGCAAGUUCUUGUACGAGGUGGAGAAAGAUGCAGAGGGAGCAGAGGAGUACUACGGGAGAGCGAUACUUGUGAGUCCCGGUGAUGGUGAAGCGUUGUCAAUGUAUGGGAAGUUGAUAUGGGAGACGAAGAGGGAUGAGAAGAGAGCUCGUGGUUACUUUGACCGAGCUGUGAUUGCUUCUCCUGAUGAUUGUAUGGUUAUGGGAUCAUACGCACAUUUCAUGUGGGAAGCAGAGGAUGAGGAUGAUGAAGAAGAAGACUUGAUGGUUGCAUCACCAGCUUUGGUUUCUGCGGUUUAGCAAAGUUAAAAGACUUAACACGUAGAAGAAGAGUAAUGGAGACUCUUGAGUAUAUGAAAUCAACCACCUUCACCCGUAUUUUGACUAUUUUCUAACUGUUUUUGUUUUACUUAGCGCUAUGUAAUAGUAACCUGAAGAGCAAUGAACAUAUAUGUAUAUGUGUGACUAAAAAUGAAUGUAAUUAUUAUAUAUCUAAUAGAUAAUAAAAAAGAGCUUUUGUAAAAAGCUUUUGUAUUAUAAAAA